AUGCACAUGUGCGAGCUGCCCAGGUCUUCCUUCCUCCUCAUCUCCUUGACGUAUUCGGUCAAUCGGAUGGUGACCAGCGUCGUGCACGAGCGCGAAGCGCGGCUACGAGAUGGCAUGCGGAUGAUGGGAAUGCACCCCGCAGCCUUCUAUGUGUCCUGGGCGCUGACCUACGUGAUCCUCUACCUCUUCGUGGUCACCGGAGUGGUCGUGAUUCUGGUUGCUGGCAAGGCUGUGUGA